AUUCGUAAUGAAUUUAGUUAGAAAUAUGCCGUCGAGUUGGGCGGUUCGGUGCUAUAUUUAUUUUUCAUCAUAUCUUUGGCUUUCUUGAAAAGCAAAUAUCCACGGUGUGUUCUUCGCAUCACUCGUUCUGCUCAUUGAAAUUGAAAUUCGCACGUUGUUUGCCCCAAAAAAGUAAAUCUCAUUCAACUGAGACUGGAGACUGACAUUGAAUAGAUUGCCCAGUGCACAAUAAGUGAUUUUUAUUUUGUUGCGCCACCUUCUCUAUAGAAAAAAAAAAACACAAACUGCCAAACAAAUAAAAUCGAUUCGAUAGUGAGGGUUGAAAUUCGAAGAGAAAAAGAAAAGAGGAAAAUCAUUUAAAAACAUAACACAAAAGAAGCCUAAAAAAAACUACAAAAAUGUUAAUGCAAGAAAAACUAUAUGAUUUCAGUUCAGAAUAUCGGCCAACAAGUGUGGGUGACUAUUCACCCGUUGUUGUGGCGGCCGCCGUAAAUUUAUGCCGAAAUACAGCAUCGCCGCGUCCACAUUUUAAUCCAUACGAAUGUAGUAAAUAUAUGCCGCUCUAUUAUCGUUCGAAAAUUUUUAGCGAAUAUAGCCAAUUUUUGGCCAAACCAACGUCAUUGCUAUCAUCGAGUGCGGUCAAUGCCGCCGUCACCAGCACAACGGUACCAUAUUUAACGAUGCAAUUACCGAUUCGACCAUCAACAUUAACCGACCGAAAUGCAAUUGGUGUCGAUGUGUCGGAUUCAACAGCAACAGCUAAUAAUAACAAUAAUAAUGCAUUUUCAUCGUUGCCCGUCAAACGUACGCUGGAUGGAUCGGUUAAAUCGACCGAAACAAUAACGGAACGAUGUGAAAAUACGCGCACCCAAUCGGUUAUUAUGAAAGUUGAAGAUCAACGAAUUGUUGAAGUACCAACGAAUGAACUCAUCACACGUAAUCAUACCAACAACACCAACAACAACAUCACACCAACCAUCACCACCACCACCGAAAUCGAGGAGGAAACCUACAUUUGUAAAUGGGUCAACUGCUACCGACAAUUUGAAACACUUGAAAAUUUGGCUAGUCAUGUGACCACCGCCCAUGCAAUACCAUCGUCAACCGGUCUGUAUUAUUGUCGCUGGGAGAAAUGUGCACGAUCGGAUCGUGGUUUUAAUGCUCGCUACAAGAUGCUCGUCCAUGUUCGAACGCAUACCAAGGAGAAGCCACACCAUUGUACCGAAUGUACGAAAAGUUUUUCACGUGCUGAAAAUUUGAAAAUCCAUCAACGUUCGCAUUCGGGUGAAAAACCGUAUGUGUGCCAAGUUGAAGGUUGCAAUAAAGCCUAUUCAAAUUCAUCGGAUCGUUUUAAACAUACGCGAACGCAUUCAACGGAAAAACCAUAUUUUUGUAAAUUUCCAUCAUGUAGCAAACGAUAUACAGAUCCUUCAUCGCUACGUAAGCAUGUAAAAACAUUCAAGCACAUCGUGCAAACACUAAAAGUGAUCGAUCCAAAGGAAUCAUUUGGUACGGCAUCGACGCAAGUGAAAGAACCAGUAUCGAUAUUUUGUCCAAAACCGGCUGAAGAACCAUGCCGUCAAUCGACCGAAUAUCGUGUAUCAUUGGGCCAUGUUGAACCAUCAUUAUCACUCUAUCAUCAACACCAUCACAAAAUGCGUGAACUAUCGAAAUCAUCAUCGUCAGCAUUUGUCGAACCAACCGUUUUUCUUUCCAAUGACGGUCUAUCCAAUCAAUGUCUAUCGCCAAUGUACUCGAAACGAUUCCACACCGCACCCGUUACAGCAAUGUACAAUUUGGAUCAUUUAUUAUCGGGCAAUGCAAAUAUUGAACCAUCGAAAAUUGCAUACCGCAACGAAACAACACCGGAUGAUGAAGAUGAUCACAUUACCGAUUUUUGGAUUGAGGAUAAAUUACGUGGCGUCGGUUUCGAAGACGAUUGUGAUGAUAUUGAAAUUGAAACGCCGCUCGAUUUGAGCUGCCGCAAAGUCGUUAGAUAGUGGCAGACACACAAACACACACACACGCAUACCAACGAUAUCAAUUAUUACAAAAAUUCGUUUUGAAUACUCGUCGACAAAUUUUUUUUUGUUUUUCGUCUUUCCAAAUUACGGGCUGUUACCAAUAACUGUUUUUUAAAUCUAUUUUUUGUUUCGAAAAAUUGAUAUGUGAUUUAAAAAAAAACAAACGAGAUAUAUUGCGUUGUAACUGUGUAUAUAUAGGCUAGUGAAUGCAUCGAAAUUCUUUUUUUUUGGUACGAUAUUUUUGGCGAUUUAAUUUUAGUUUUUUUAAUAUUGACAACAAGGUGCGUGGAAGCAUUGCAGGAAUUCAAUUGCAAAACAAUCUUGCAUAGGGACACAGAAUUGGACACAUGCCGUUUUUGUAAUAUUCCCAUAAUAGAGCUCUGUUAUGCACUUUGCCUUGUCGUCGACGUAUAUAGUUAUAUAAAAAACAUAAGAUUCAUUCGAUUUUAUACCAUAGAAAAAUUGGUCUGCUCCUCCCCCAUAAGUUUUUAAUAUUAUUGUUAUUAUAAUGAAUAAUUAUUAAGACGAAGAAAUCAUUAUCCGUUAUGUUACAUAGAAUAGAUGUAUAUUUGACUUUUGAUUAUAAAUUGAAAAAAUGAGAGGAAGAAUAAAAGAAAACGAAAUAAAGAUAAAAAAGCUUUACACGCUCGCAGCGCAA